CACGUGGGAAAGGAACAGGUUGCGUGGCCGUAGUUCCUGUGAACCGUGUUUCAGGGUAUGGUUAGAGAUAUUCAUUGUCUCAGCCCUGAAUAUCAACGUAACAAUUUUUGUGUCAAAUUUGUAUGAUGGGAUCCGAUGAUGAGCAGUAUUUCCAUUGUUGGGUUACAGAAUGCUGCUUUGAGCAGUGAACCACUGUACAAUCCAGACCUGCUCAGGUUAGACUUUUCUCAAAUUAAAACAAAGUUUGAUCCACCUAUUUCUCCAAGUGAACCAGGUGAAGCUCUGAUUGUGCGACCUCUGUGCCCAGCAGACUAUGACAAAGGCUUUGUCCAGCUGCUUAGCCAGCUCACCAAGGUUGGCAACAUCUCCAAGGACCAGUUCCUGAGGCGUUACACAACAAUGAAGGCUUGCCCCAACACUUACUAUGUGACUGUGAUAGAGGACACACGGAGUAGUCAUAUUGUGGGGUCUGCUACACUGAUUGUGGAACAGAAGUUCAUCCACGAGUGUGCAGUGAGAGGGCGCCUGGAGGAUGUGGUGGUGAGUGAUGACUACCGUGGGAAGCAGCUUGGAAAACUGAUCAUCAUGACCAUCACACUGCUGGCACAGCAUCUGAACUGCUACAAGAUCACACUUGACUGUAAGGACAGGAUGAUCCCAUUAUACACUGGACUUGGAUACAAACUUGAACAAGGUGGCUCCAACUACAUGCAGAUCCGUUUUGACAACAAAAAGCCAUUCAAACUUUAAUGGAGACGUCACAUUCUUCUGCCUUAAACUUCAUCACUCAAAUUACUGAAUUGAUUUCAAUUAAACUUUGUAUUGGAGCUGUACAUAAAAAGCUGACAGAUUAUUUCAUAUGUCUGCACUUGUUUACAAUGUCACUAUCUUACAAGAAACUGAGUUUUAACUUCUUAAAAAAUGGCUCAUUUUAUAAAUGCACAGAUUUCUUCAUGAUCUGUAACUUUCCUUUAUGUAGUGACUACAAAUAAAAAGAAAUAUGUGUCA